GCAGCAGGGCCCGGCCUUGCACCAGAGGGCCUGGGCUCUCCGCCCCACCCCGGGGGCGGCCGGGCACUGCUCGCUGCUGCUGCAGCGGCCGGGGGGCACCGGGGACGUGCGGUGGGAGUGGAGAGCAAUGAGUUCUUGCGGGCCGGACUCUCAGGGGUAGCCAGGAUCCGCGGCUUCCUUCGCAUCCGGUACCGGUCGCGGGUCCCACAGGGCUCCGCGGAGGAGUCGGGGGCGGGGGCGGGGGACGGAAAGGAGGCUUGUCAUCCCCGUAGCACGAGUCCCGUAGAGCUUCAGGGACCUCGGCAGAGGCAAUUGCAGGGCAGUGCCGCUGAAGACGAGGUGACCGUCUGCUCUAGGCCUGUCCUCGGAUCCUGCUCAAAAACACAGCGCUAUUGACGCGGGACACUCAGAUCAGCCGUUUGCUGACUGUCUGGCGUUCAGGGAGAGAGAGAGAUGUCGUUGAAACCAUUCACCUAUCCAUUGCCCGAAACAAGAUUUCUUCAUGCUGGCAGGCAUGUGUACAAAUUUAAAAUCCGGUAUGGCAGCUUCAACAGCUCUCCCAAUCUCAGUCUCACUGAAAGCGCUGCCAAGGAGUCGGAGGAAGUGAUUCGAGUAAUCCUUGGAAAUCUUGAUGAUUUACAUCCAUUUUCUACAGACCACUUCACCGUCUUUCCAUAUUUGAGUAAAUGGGAGCAAGUAUCAAAAAUGAAAUUCAAACAUGAGAAUGUCCAUCUCAUGCCUUAUCCCUACAUUUGUACGUUGUAUCUAGAAUUGAACUCAUUCCAGCGAAAUAUAUCUUGUGGUAAAGAAGUAAACAAGGGCAGUGAUGAGCUUGUCAGGAAAAGAAAUGAAAUGUCAGAAAGUACUGCAAUGAAAGAAGCAGUGAAGAGAAGAAGAGUGGAAAUUAGAGAUGAUACCUCAUGCCCACAGUCCUGUAUGGACAGAACUGGAGCUGACUGUGUUCACCACAUGAGUAAAGCAGAGCAAGGAUUUGAAAAGAAUUCCUCCAAAGCAAAUGAGCUUGAGUUCAGCACAGCAUCCCUUACUAAAGACUGUGAUCAACUGAGUUUCUGCGGACCUGUGGAAUUUGCCCUUGAACAAAAAAGAGCAGUCAGUCAGGCUGAGGGUGCAGUGCAGCUGCUGCAGCAAGUGGACCAAACAGGAAAGAAAGGAAACAUGAAGUCAGAAGGAAGAGGUCUCUCACAGUUCUGGAGAAGCAUCAUCUUUUCGCCACUACAACAUCUUUUUGGUGGAAAAAACUGACCUGGAAGUACUAAUUGUUGUGGAAAGGUAGAUUUGUAGUAUGAAUAUUGGGUUGCACUGUUUCUUCUGUAAGCAUUGUAAACCUUUCUCCAAGCAUUGCUUAUCUCAGCUAUUAAGUGUUUUAAAUUAAAUUCUACUUUGCUAAUGCUUUCAAAGUAACAUUCUGAAGAUGUUGGGUUAGAACAACAUGUUGGGUUUUUCUUCACAUCUUAGAGGUUUUGGAAUAAAGCAAGAAACUUUAGGAUUUUGAUGCUUAAGUGUUAUAAAUUGUGAAUUUCAUGUUAUCUGGUAUUCUAAUAAAACAAGCAUCAAUUUUGAA